CUCUCUCUCUCUCCCCCUCCCUCUUUCUCUUUUUCUCUCUUGUCUCUUUCUUUGCAACAAUCUUUCUCCAGAUUCCGGUUAAUUGUCCGUACGGUCUCUUCUCUCCCACCCAAACCUUUGCCCUCCCGUUCUCUUUUUAUUUUUUAUUUUUUUGGGUGGGUCCUGAUUUUUCCUGAAUCUGCUUUUGUUUUUAGGAUUUUUCAUCCUACAGUCAGUUUCUAAUUUAUUUUUUACUGUUAAUUUACCGUUUUACCCCUCGAUUUGGACGUUUUGUUUUGUCUUUUUUCCCUACUUACCAAACAAGUUUUAUCAGAUUUAUCCUUUUUUCAUAAAAAAAUUUCCUUCUGGGUUGGAUUUGUGGUGGGUUUCAUGAACUGCUGCUGCGCACGUGGCAUGCACCCAGAUAGCCAUCAUGAACACCAAAACGAUGCGUUUGCCACCUCGUCGGAUUUCGACGACCAAUGCGUCAAAUAACAACAAGCGCAAAGAGAAGGAGAGUGGCUUCGACGCGCUCCACCAGUCAACAACAACAAAGAUGCUCAAGCUGGCCCCACCGCCUCAAGCCGGCUCCAACAGUCCACCAGAGCCGGCUUCGUCCGCCCAGCUUCUAGCCGGCUAUUUGGCCCACGAGUUCCUAACCAAGGGCACCCUCCUAGGGCAGUCGUGGGACACAUCCAAAGCCGAGCCGGCCCCAGGGCCUUCGGGUGAUGAAGCCGAGCCGAGUUCUGGAGCCGAGCCGCAUCUUGAGAACUUGGAGAGAUACGUGGAGGUUGCUGAUUUACUGAAAACGGAUGGGGCCCACCUAGCUGGCAUUGUCAACCCAACUCAGCUCGCUCGCGUUUUACAGUUGUGAGGCAGAUGGGAGCUAAAAAGGGCAGAAACCCAUUUGGGCAUUUUGGCAUUUUGGCUUUCAAAUAUGGAAAUUACAUUUUUUUUUCCCCUUUUUUUUUUUCUUUUUUGUAGUGGGCAAAAAUGUAUGAAUGUGUGUAUGUGCUCGCAGGGCUUGUAGGUAGGCAUGCAUUAUGAAUGUUUGAUAAAAUCGCGUUUCAAUUUAAAAUAGAAAUGGGAAAUUUUCUGAGCAA